CGGCAGCGCUGCCCGCACAGGACCGCGUCCAGAUUUGGCACCGACCUCCUGGGCUUACACACACACGCGCGCGCGCACCCCGCUUCCUUGCACCCUCCGAAGAAUUUCUCCCCCUUUCCUUUCUCAAGGGAUCGCAGAUCUUCCCCUUCUCUUUGCCUCCCUUGCUAAGUGCUCUUUUAAGAUAUGGGCGGUGGGCGGGGGGGGGGAGCAAGCGAGACGCCCCCUCCCCUCUUUUCUGCUGGCAUUUAACACGCUUCUCCUUUUGACCCGCGUGUGCAAAUUCUUCUCUUUUCCCUGCUCAGCUAGGAUUCUUUUUCUGUAAAAGAUUCCCCUCCUCUUUUUCUUUUCUUUUCUUUUCUUUUCUUUUCUUUUCUUUUCUUUCUUUCUUUCUUUCUUUCUUUCUUUCUCUCCCUCUUUUAUUUUAUUUUUUUUGCUUUUAUUUUUUUUAAAAAUAAAUAUAAGGGCAUGGCACGGAAACCUUGCUAAAAUCUGAACCCCCAGAAGGAGCGCUUCUACCCUCCCCACCCCAAUUUUUUGGGGGAGGGGGCAGUGUGUGUCUCACCCCCACCCCCCCCAGGAUGUAUUCUCAAGGGCGGCAUGCUUCUGGGCAGCCUUUUAAGUUCUCGGUGUUGGAGAUUUGUGACCGAAUUAAGGAAGAAUUCCAGUUCCUUCAGGCUCAGUAUCACAGCCUGAAAUUGGAAUGUGAGAAAUUAGCGAGCGAAAAAACAGAGAUGCAGAGGCAUUAUGUUAUGUAUUACGAGAUGUCCUAUGGCCUGAAUAUUGAAAUGCAUAAACAGGCUGAGAUUGUCAAGCGACUGACUGCUAUCUGUGCCCAGAUUAUCCCAUUUCUCUCCCAAGAGCAUCAACAGCAGGUCUUGCAAGCCAUGGACCGGGCCAAGCUGGUGACGAUGGGGGAGCUGAACAACGUCAUUGGGCAGCAGCAGUUACAACACCUGUCCCAUCAGGCCCCAGCGGUUCCCUUGACCCUGCACCCUUCGGGGUCUCAGGCUUCUGCCUUGGCUACGGUCAGCACCACGGCUUCGGGGCUCCUGGCCCUCUCCGGGAUGUUGGGGGCUCAGAGCACCUUGGGGUCAAAGCCAGAAAACUCUGGGCAGGACUCCCAAAACAAUCCAGGAAACCCACAAAGUCGGAGCAAUUCUGCGUCUCCUCCGGAGAGUAUCCAAGGUGAAGAACGGGGCCAAGAUAGCGGGGCGAAGGCCAAGCUGCAGGACAAAGGAGAGGAAAGCGACGGGGAGAAGAGCGAUUGCAACCUGAUUGUGGAUGAGGACCUUCCCUCUGAGAAUGGGAGCCCACUGUGCACCACUUCCGCCCAGCUCCUGCCCACCCAACGGGUCUUUACGAACAGUCCAGCCUCGCUGGCAUCCAGCCGCAGCCCCACACCUCUCAAAGGCAAAGACCCGAAUUUGAUUGAAAGCCAUCCAACUCCUUGCAAGUCAGCCAGCUUGUCUCCAGUCUCCGAAAUACUCACUCCCCGACCCGGCUCCAGUUACGUGCCACAGAUUGCAAAACCAUCUACCACCGAUGUUAUCACCUUGCGGAGUCCGCUGAAUUCUUUCACCAGCCAUUUUGGUUCGUCCUUUGGGGUGAUGCCUCACGCUACCCUCAAUGGCGAAUUGUCUGCACCGAGUUCCUAUAUCAGCAUCCAUCUUUCUGCAGGCCCGGGAGGAUACGGACGGUCUCCUCUGGUGGCUUUUGAAUCACACCCACAUUUGCGAGGUUCGCCCCCCUCGGCCUCCCUCCCGGCUAUUUCCAGCAGCAAGCCGGCCUAUUCCUUCCACGUAAGCGCUGACGGGCAGAUGCAGCCGGUGCCCUUCCCUCCCGACGCCCUGAUCGGCUCCGGCAUCCCACGCCACGCACGCCAGCUCCACACGCUCUCCCACGGCGAGGUGGUCUGUGCCGUCACUAUCAGCAAUUCCACCCAGCACGUCUACACGGGGGGCAAAGGCUGCGUCAAGGUCUGGGACGUGGGGCAGCCGGGCACCAAGACCCCCGUGGCGCAGUUGGACUGCCUGAACCGAGAUAAUUACAUCCGAUCCUGCAAGCUACUUCCCGACAGCCGAAGCCUCAUCGUUGGGGGCGAGGCCAGCACCUUGUCCAUCUGGGACUUGGCAGCCCCCACACCCCGGAUCAAGGCCGAGCUGACCUCCUCCGCCCCAGCCUGCUAUGCUCUGGCCAUCAGCCCCGAUGCCAAAGUCUGCUUCUCCUGCUGCAGCGACGGCAACAUCGUGGUCUGGGAUUUGCAGAACCAAACCAUGGUUAGGCAGUUCCAAGGUCACACGGACGGGGCGAGCUGCAUUGAUAUCUCCAAUUACGGCACCAAACUUUGGACCGGCGGUUUGGACAACACCGUCCGAUGCUGGGACCUCCGCGAAGGCCGACAGCUGCAGCAACACGACUUCACCUCGCAGAUCUUUUCCCUGGGCUACUGCCCCACGGGAGAGUGGCUGGCGGUGGGGAUGGAGAGCAGCAACGUGGAAAUCCUCCACGUGACGAAAUCGGAGAAGUACCAGCUGCACCUUCACGAGAGCUGCGUCCUCUCCCUGAAGUUCGCUUCCUGUGGCAAAUGGUUUAUCAGCACCGGCAAAGAUAAUCUACUUAACGCGUGGCGGGCUCCCUACGGUGCCAGCAUCUUUCAGUCCAAAGAAUCUUCCUCAGUUCUGAGCUGCGACAUCUCGGCUAAUGACAAGUUUAUCGUGACCGGCUCAGGAGACAAGAAAGCCACAGUUUACGAACUGAUCUACUGAGCCACCUUCCUCACUUUGGAUGGCUAGGAGGGAGGUCCAAACGCUUUCCAUUCCCUGGGAAAAUGCAUUUCCCCCGCUGGCUUCGGAGACUGCGGUGCCGAAACGGCCUUUGCGCUUCCAACCCUCCUUGCAGACGCACGAGGACUAGAAACUUAAAAAGAGCUGAGAGUCUCAGGAAGAUAUUUUUCUUCCCUCAAGAAGCAAGUUGGGGGUGUGUGUGUUUCCUUUCAGAUCCCCAAUGGAGCAAAAUCUUUUCAUUAUCUCCCAGAAGAUCACCUCAAAAUUAUGUUUGACAAGCUGAGCGGCCAAUCCAACAUCAGGCUCAGCGGAGCCCCGCCCAUAUUCUGGCCGCCUGAAUAUUGCAGUCCAUAUUUUCAUUUUUGGGUGCAAGCAAAAAAGGGCUGCAUGUACACCUCGGAGAUAGAUUUCUGAUUUAUGGCCGGUUGCUUAAUAACUGCUCAAAGUUACGACAGCCCCUGAAACUUAUGACCUGGUUUCGAAGUUGCAACUUCUUCUUCAACCCUGUGGUCAUGUCACCAAUAACUACUUUUGACCUGAUCCACAUUUACAGCUGUUUGCUGUACCCAGAGAUUCCAGAGCCUCUCUAUGAGUCUGGGGAGGGCGAGAAAGGCCUUUCCCACACGCCUGGAGGCCCUCCAGAGGCCAGAAACUGCCCGUUUGCCAAUGUCCGGUUGGUCAGAAAGGCUCUGGAGGCUGGGGACAGCA